AUGCUCUGCACAGACAAUUGUCCUAUUGUGGAUGAAGAUAUUUCAGAGUCUACUACUAAAGAGCUCAAUAUUCCAUCCGACAGCUGCAAGGUUGAAGUGAAUAACAGUGUGGAAUCCGACUGUGUUGAGCUUGCUGAAGGCGACAAUGUAUUCAACUCGACUCUAGAACAGCAAAACAAUUGUGAAGUGUUCUUAGAUAAGAGCAAUGACGACUUGUAUGAAUUCAAUGCUCCAAAGUUUCAUGACUUUACUGCUACUCCUGACUUGGACAAUAAUGAUGAGGCUGACAAGUGGUUUGAUGUGCGCGAAACAUCCAUAGGAGUUGACAACAACGACAGCGAUACUGACGAUAUUCCCCAUUUCCUUGAUGGGAAUGAUUUUGCUACAAAAGUCUCCACUACUCUUUCUGAAGUCCAUCAGAACCCUACUUCAACUGUCAGUUUAGAAUCAAAGCAUGAACAAACUGCUGUGGUUCAAAAACUAUCCGAGCAGACUAUUUCUCCUGCUGCAUUAUCGCCUGAACCUCCCAUUCAGUUGUCUGAAAAAAGUGCACACUUUUUGUCCGAGUCUGAAGCUACCAAUCUUGUACUUGAGCCGCAUGCGAAUAUCAAUGAGUUAAUUCCAGAUAGCGAUCUCUUGGCGGCUAAAUCGGUAGAGCUUGAAACUUCAAUUGUGCAACAGUGUCCCAAUCCAUUGGAUAAAGACGAGGAUUUUGUUACACAUUCGUCAUUUAUGUCUAGUCCUGAAAAAAACGAUACGGUUGACAAAAAGCCGAUGGGUUUAGAGGAAACUACUCCCAAAUCUCCCAUAGCUCGUCGUACUAGAUCAUCCCUUGGCCGCUCAAGCUUUUCCAGCUCAUUGUCGUCGUCUGCAGCAUCUGGAUGGCUGAAACCACGAGUUUGCACUCAAGACAACGUAUCGGAAUCUAACCAGUAUAGAAUGAAGCUUAGGAACGCCAAGGAUUUUAACUGCACUGUAAAUACUCGUAUCAAUGGUUCGACUAUAAAAUCUAAAGAGCCUGGCUAUUUGCAUAACACAAAAAGCAAUGCUCUUCGUAAAACCAAUAUCAAGUCUGCCUGUGUGACGAAAAAAGUGGCAAAAAAAAAUCCCCGAGAUCUUACUAUCCCCAAACCAUUUAGUCUGCAUAGUCGUGUUACUCAAACGGCUAGAUCUUCUGCUUCCCCUGCAUCUCCGUAUGUUUCACUUGCAGUCAAAGUGCAAAAGUUUCAGAGCAAAACCCCAGACAGAUUUAGAACCAAAGCAGUCAAGCUUCCUGCAAGAAAUCGUGAUUAUUCAAAGCUUACUCAGCCCAAGUCGCCAUUUUUAACCACCAGAAUAAGAGCAAAACCUUUUAAAAACAUUUCAACUCAAGAACAAAUCGAGGAAGAGCAACUUGCAAAUUGUGAAAAGUUUAAAGCAAAACCAAUCAAUCCUAGGAUUCUAGCGGCAAAACAGCCAUUGGGAGUUCCUGCUGCACAAAAACUGCCACUUACAGUCCCAAUGUCUCCAGCAAUCACCAAGCCUCGGCCGACUCGGACGCGAAAGCGAUCUCCUGCAAAGAUCAUCAAAGCUAAUCCUAUACCCGAUCUUGACAAUCCAUUUGUACCUAGUCUAGAACACCGCAAGAUCGAGCCCGUAAAUUUUUCACUUCCUGGUGAUCCUAUUAGUAAACGCAAGCACCAAGAAUUUAUAGAAGCUGUUGAACAAGAGAAUGCUCAAUUGCAUUCAUCUCGUCAAUUUCAUGCACAGCCAAUCCUUUCUGAUAAGACUCAUUCUCUUCCAUAUAUUUCUCCUCCACAACUUACUCAGCCCCGCCCAUUUGCUUUGCAUACAGAUACUCGAGGGGCUUUACACAGACGAGAUCUAGAGAAGCAACUUGCACAAAGUGCUGAAGAGGAGGAGCGCCAGCGUCAAUUUCAUGCCAAUCCUGUUCCUGACCUGCACCCCUUUGUACCAAAAAAGAGUAGUCUGCCACUCACCGAGAUUCAGGAAAUUGUACUUCAUACCGAUAUACGCGCAGAAGAACGAGGCGCAUACGAGGAUCAGAGACGCCAGCGCGAACAAGAGGAGGCCCAAGUAUUGGCUCAACAAGAUACGCUUCGCAAAAAACGGGAUCAGCAAGAGAUUCGACAAUUGCGACAGAGACAAACUCACCGUGCGCAACCCAUUCGACACUUUAAUAGUGUACAGAUUCUACCUUCUUCAAAAAAAUUAACAGAGCCGUACUCUCCUGCUAUUGGCAACAAACGUAAGGCAUCCAAGAAAAUGGCCACUUCCUCAUUAACUAUGGCCAGCUCGGUAUUCGAUGAGCAUCAGAAUCCCAUGGUAGAUGACUGAUGCACUAGUUAGAUUUGGAUACAACAAGGUCUGAUUUUUUGAUAUCAAAUUGUCUUAUUUUAAAUCUCUCGAGUGAUUAUUUCAAAAAUGAAGCAUAGCUUUCAUG